AUGGAGAAUAAAAACCAAGAACUUGAGCACAAUGGCCAUAGUGAUACCCUUAAACUAUAUGUGUGCAAAAUAUGUUGGAUAUCUUUUAUGCAAAAGUCUAAUUUCAAAGAACAUAGAUUAACUCAUACCGAAAAAAAUCCAUUUAAGUGUGAUUCAUUCCCUAAAAGAUUUAAUAAUAAAACAAAAAUGACAAAUAACUUAAGCAAACAUUCUACAGAACAGCCGUAUCAAUGCAAUGUGUGUCUUAAGUCGUUCAAAUUCUUAAGAUAUUUAGCGGAACAUAUGAAAUUGCAUACAGGAGAACGUCCCCAUAAGUGUGAAAUUUGUUUGAAAUCAUUUAUACGGUUAAAGAGUUUGAAAGAACACAAAAAAAGACAUACCGAAGAACGACCGUUCAAGUGCAAAGUUUGCCUUAUGACCUAUAAUACUUCAUCAGUUUUAAAAUGUCAUAUGAGAACGCAUACCAAAGAACGGCCUUACCACUGUGAGAGUUGUUCAAAAUCAUUUAUUUCUUCUUCGAGUUUAUGCAAACACCGUAAAAUUCAUAGUAAAAAACAAUCACAUAACUGUAAUUUAUGUUCUUUAUCGUAUAAAAAAUUAUCAAAUUUGAAGAAUCAUCAGAAAAAACAUACUAAAGAUCGUUUUUACCAAUGUGAAAUUUGUAAAGUGAAAUUUUCUGCUUCUCAAAAUUUAGAAAGACAUAGGAUCCUUCACGAUAAAGAAACGUCCCAUAAAUGUGAAAUAUGUCUUAGGCCGUUCAAAAGAUUGUCAAAUUUAAAAGUUCAUAAAAGAACACAUACUGGAGAACGACCUUACCAUUGUGAGAGUUGCUCAAAAUCUUAUAUUUCUUCUUCGAGCUUACAAAAACAUCGUAAGAUUCAUCAAAAAAAUGAAAUAAGAAAUGUUUACUUCUAA